AUGACAUCAUUAGCUAUAGGUAGUCUCUUUGCUGCAGCAGGAGAGUCUCCUUCUCUUCGUCUAACAGCAGCAACAGCAGCAAUACUUACUGCUUAUGGUCUGCAGCUUGUACAGCAGAGACAGGAAAUAGAUAAUAAUACGGGGACAGGUGUCUCCUUGCAGAGUCUAACAGGGGUAACAACUUCCUAUAGAUUGGAGCCGCCGCUGCAUCAGUUGGUGUGUCUCUGUGACUUACGUAUCCAGCAGCAGCAGCAGCAGCAGCAGCGGAUGUGGCGCAGCAGCAGCAACAGCAGCAGCAGCUGGUAUAUAGGGUAUGCAACAAGUCGUCAGCUAACAGCAAGUGGUGCAGCAAGAGGACUUCGUGAUAAUCUAUCCAACUUUCGCCGCUGCAGCAGCAGCAGCAGCAGCAGCAGCAAUGACCAAUUAGAUUAUCUGCAGCAGCAGCAGCAGCGCGUGCUGCUGCAGCACCCUCUGUAUGGUGUAUCCGAUGCUGCAUGCCGUCUAUGUAUAGAGAUGCAGCGUAUACUAAUAGGGACUAGCGGAGGUUAUUCCCUUGCUGCUGCUGUCUUGUCUCUAUGGGGUGUUGCUGUUAAUCGUCCUGUGCUGCUGCCUGCUGCUGCUGCAGCAGCAGCAGCAGAUACACCCCAAAACCGCAGCAACAUCUAUCGCAACAGCAAACGAGAAGGCAGCGGCAGCAGCAGCAGCAAACUUAUGCAAUCUAAACCCCAACAGCUAACCCCUCUUGCUGCAGCAUACGCAGGACUCAGCAGAGAUGAAUUCUUCAGGGCACAACGAGCUGUCGCCGCAGCAGUUGCCACGGAGGCGCUAAUCCGUAGGAAGAUUGUUGUCGCGCCACAGAUGGAGGUCAGCAAAGGCUUCCGCUUUAAGACAGACGAUAAAGCAGCAGCAGCAGCAGCAGCAGCAACAGCAGCAGCAGCAGCUGCUGCUGCUGCUGAUGCUGCUGCAGAUGUAUCAACCCCAAAAAGAAAAGAGACAACUAACAGUCUUGGCUCCCUGAACAAGGGCGACCCUCUCUCUUCCUCCUCCUCAGCACCAGCAGCAACAACAAAAGCAGCAGCAGCAGCAACAAAAGCAGCAGCAGCAGCAGAAGAAGGGGUUUUCUAG